AUGUUUGUGAAAGGAUCCAUGGCAAGACUUCGACCUGGGCUGGCUCGAAUGCGGUUGCAGCCGCUGGCAGCUGGUCGGGUGGGUCAAAACAGAUGCUUCUCAGUGGCAAGACCGUCGCUUUUCCAAUAUAGUGGACGUAGGUUCAAUGAAGAGCCCGACAAGAACAAGAACAAGAAGGACAAGAAAGACGAGCAAGAUCCCAACAGACCGCCUCAAGAUCUCUUCAAAAGAACAAAAUGGACCGACUGGAUAUUUCCUGGACUGGUGAUUACUCUGCUUCUGAACAGUUACUCGGGCGAGGAGAACAACCAAAUGACUUUCCAGGACUUCAAGGUGAAUUUCCUUGAGAAAGGUCUAGUGAAGAAGAUUAAUGUCAUCAACGGGACUUUUGUUGAGGCCGAGUUGGUGACACAACAUCCGAAAUCCAUUGCAUUUUCCAUCGGAUCUGUCGAGUUUUUCGAAAGAGAAAUCGACCAGGUCCAGGACAGACUAGGUAUUCCAAACAACGAGCGCAUCCCCGUGUCGUACUUACGUCGUUCCAGCAUCUUUUCAUACAUCAUGCCGUUUGUGCCUACAUUGAUUUUGAUUGGAGGCACCUACUACCUUGCCAGACAGUUCCAGAAGAGAGGUCCUAAUGGCAAGGGCGGAGGUCCUUUGAACAACAUCAUGGGAUUCGGCAAGUCCAAGGCCAAGCUAUUCAACAAGGAGACUGACAUCACCGUCAAGUUCAAGGACGUUGCCGGUUGCGAUGAAGCUAAGGAAGAAAUCAUGGAGUUUGUCACUUUCUUAAAAGAACCUCAGAAGUACGAGAAACUCGGUGCCAAAAUUCCAAAGGGUGCCAUCUUGUCCGGUCCCCCAGGUACAGGUAAAACGCUUUUGGCCAAGGCCACUGCUGGAGAGGCCGGUGUUCCGUUCUUGUCUGUGUCUGGUUCCGAGUUCGUCGAGAUGUAUGUUGGUGUUGGUGCUUCCAGAGUGAGAGAUCUCUUUGCUACAGCUAGAAAAAACGCUCCGUGUAUUAUUUUCGUGGAUGAGAUCGAUGCAAUUGGAAAAUCUAGAGAAGCUGGCCCGAUGGGAUCCAACGACGAGAAGGAAGCCACGUUGAACCAGCUGCUGGUUGAGAUGGACGGUUUCGAAGACACAGACCACAUUGUUGUUUUGGCAGGUACAAACAGAGCAGAUAUCCUCGACAAGGCCCUGACCAGACCUGGAAGAUUUGAUAGACACAUCAGUAUUGAUAGACCGGACAUUGAGGGCAGAAAGGCCAUUUACAAAGUUCACCUGAGACCGUUGAAGCUUGCCGAGCCGGUGACCGACGAGUUUGCCGGAAGACUGGCUGCUUUGACUCCUGGAUUUUCGGGAGCUGACAUCUCGAACUGCUGUAACGAAGCCGCACUGAUUGCUGCCAGAGAGGAUUGUGACGUUGUUGAGCUUGUUCAUUUCGAGAAGGCCAUUGAAAGAGUGAUUGCCGGUUUGGAGAGAAAGAGCCGUGUUUUGUCUCCAGAGGAGAAGAAAACUGUUGCUUACCACGAGGCAGGUCAUGCGAUCUGUGGCUGGUAUUUGCAGCACGCCGAUCCGCUUCUGAAGGUUUCGAUCAUUCCUCGUGGCCAGGGUGCUUUGGGAUACGCCCAAUAUUUACCUGGCGACGAAUAUUUGAUUUCUCAGGAACAGUUUGAGCACCGUAUGAUUAUGGCUUUGGGAGGCCGUGUUUCCGAGGAGAUCAACUUCGACGACGUUACUACUGGAGCUGCGGAUGAUUUCAAGAAGGUCACCCAAAUGGCGAACGCCAUGAUCCUGCGUCUGGGUAUGUCCAAGAAGCUAGGAACCAUCACGUUUGAGACGUCGAACCAGCAGGCACAAGUGCACAAGCUGUUCAGUGAAGAGACGUUCGAGCUUAUAGACAAUGAGGUCAAGAGAGUGAUCAACGAGGCCCACGGCAAGUGCAAGAAGCUUCUGACCGAGAAGAUCGAUGAGGUGGAGAAGGUGGCCCAGGAGUUGCUCACCAAGGAAGUUUUGACCAGAGACGAUAUGAUCCGGUUGCUAGGACCGCGUCCGUUUGAGGAGAAGAACGACGCGUUCAAGAAGUAUCUUCUGCCGAAGGACUCGUCGCAAGAUACUCCUCAUCCUGACCAAGGAGCCCAAAUGGCAUGA